GUGUGACCAUACCAAAAUAUAAACAGGAUGAAAUUACCGCACUAUUUUGAACGUAAAAUCAAAAUGACUGUUUAUUAAAUUCGGAUUGAUUGAGUGGCCUGAGUGGGUAUCAUAAGUUGACAUGAAUUCUAAAUCACAAGAAGGCUUUGUAAGGAGCCUAGAACCGAGACCUCUUAAGGACCUGAACUACAGGGAGUCUGGUAAGCAGACCGACAUGUCAUCGAAAUUAUGCCCAGACGGAUCCUCACAGAAGCAGAAAAUCUCUUUGCAAGAGUACAGAAAGCGUGUGCAGACGAGUCCCCAGGCAAAGACUGGGACGUCUGAACUGGGGCGAGAGAGAGACGAAGUGCUGGAGCGCUGUGCUGAGGAGACUGGGGAUGGCAGGCAAAACUCCGUGGCAAAACUUGCACACAAUGUGACGGUAAAAUUAGAUUGGUCUCACAGACCAUAA